AUGGAGAGGAAUGAUCCCCUCAAGAGGAGCAGAGGGAAGUUGAUUCUAGAGGUAAGUGGUAGUUAGAAGGGUGUCAGCCUAAAGAUAGUGGGGGACAUUCAUCUUAAAAAUAAGUGUGCGAGUGAUGUCAAGGAGUUGAUGAUGUUUAUGCUUGGCAACACCAUUCUACUACAAAGUGUGAGGAUAUGUGGUCUAGUGGAGGAUGCCACGAUCAUUGCAGAAGGUACAAAAAGUUGUUUGAACAAACUCAAGAGUAUUAUUAGCACAAAGAAUCUUGGGUGUAGUUGUGUAUUAGGUGAUAAUUUUGGUGAUGAAGUAGAUAAUCAUGGUGAUGACCUCAAAGCGGUUGUGGAGGAGGUAGACCCAACUAACACGAGUAUAGUCAUCAACGAAAAUGAUGUAAUAGUGAUGGCCCAAGAUGGAGGAAGUACAAGAUGGAUCUCAUACAUUGCAAAGGAGAAGGUUAAAGAGAAUGGAAGAAGGGAUGUCAUCACAUCUAGGAUAAAAAGCACAGUAAUGUUUGUCCAACUAACAAGACUCACACACAUAUUUAGAGAGAGAAAGCCAUAGUAAAGUCUUUUAUAAUUUAGAAAAAUAAGAAUGACUUAAACGAUGAUGCCACAAAAGAGAAGAAGUAGCUGUAGAGACAACAAAAAAGGCCCGAAGAUCAGAUGAUAGUUUGUCAAAAACGAGUUCAUAGACACUCUACCUAUUUUCAUGGCCCAAAUUAAUCCUCCAUCUAGUAUACAGAUCUUGAAAAGUAUAAUAAAAGGAAAAGAAUGUGAUUAUACAAAAGAGGACACGAGUAAUAGCACUGAUAGAAAAAAGGUUAGUAGGAAAACUGAGAAGGUAGUGAACUUGGAUAAGGUAAAGGGAGGGAGAAGUUGAGGUGACACCAUGACCUUUGACCAAAUAGGUCCAACCAUUGACAAUGGUAAUAGGGGGAUGGGUUGGGGUAGGCUGAUAGGAGGAGAGAAUAGUGGGGAUAUCAGUCAUGUGGGUGGAGGCCCUUAAAUCAAUAAUUCAUGGCGUUGAAGAGGAAGUAAGGAGAGUGUGUGUACCUGGUGUGGAGGAGGCUAGAAGCGAGGCGAGAUUGACAAAGGUGGAAGCCUCGAUACCAUUAGUGCGGCGAAGGACGUCAUACUCCGUAGGCAUCAAAGUCACGUGGAAGGUAGGAGCUAGAAUAUGGGAUGAAGUGAGGGAUGCCAGAGUCGAAGAAGUGAUCACCAGCUGUGCAAAAGUAGGCUUGCUGAAUUGCUUCUAGCACAGUAAUCAGAUGAUUCUGCUUCUCACAGUAAGAACAUGGAGGAAAGGUAUUGUACCCACGUUCGCGAGGAGUAUGACCACCGUUAAGGCGGAAAGGAAAGGUAUCAUUUCGAGCCCGUGGAGCAGCAAUGGCAAGAGCCGAAGAAAUAGAGUUGAUGCCUAGAGAAGAAGAAGAGUAGACGGGUGUACUAGUGAUGACCCAAAUGGCUAUCGAGAAGUUGGAGGUGAGAUCAUGCACAUGAUCCUAGAGAGAACAACCCCUCAGAUUUGAAAUGUGAUGGACGAAUAAAGUCCACUAAGAUAAACCCCAACAUAAAACUCCUAGCAAUAGUAUUUGAGGGUCAGGAGGUCGGUAGUAGGGGGCUGAUAGAUAUCAACCUCUUAGAUGAAGGCUUGGAGGUGAUUGUAGUGAGCUUGAAGAGAAAGAUUACCUUGUUUGCAAGAGAGAAUAGACUCAAAGAUCUCCACAACUUGACCGAGGUUCAUCCGGUUGGCGUACAUGGUCUCCAUAGUGAGCCACAGGAGACGAGCCGAGGUGAUGCGUGCGAGUGGCUUGACAUUGCUAGGCUCAAUGCUCUGAAGGAUCCAUGUGAUGAUGUUUUAGUCGAGCUACGACCAUGUCGCAUAUGA